UAUUGUUAUUUAACUUCUAAUAGGGUCUUCAAGUUUUUUUACCGGUUUAUUUAGCUAUGGGGCUAUUUGCAAAAGUUGAAGCCAAAGCAGAAAAGGAACCUUUGGUGGAUGCUGCUAAAGAACCAGUGGGUAACGCUAAGCAAACAAAUGAAAAUGGCAAUUCAAAUGGCUCCCAAACAAAAGAAUGGGGUUAUGAUUUGUAUCCAGAAAGAAAGGGUGAAACAUAUAAACCAAAGUGGUCGAAGAUACUUUUGGGUAUGGAGGGCCGUGAAAAUAUUGACAAGGUAAAAUGUGAACGCAACGUGUACUGGUGUGUAAAAAACAGCCCCUUGGUCAAACUUAUGAUGGGAGCCCUUCGAAGUUCCGGCUGUCCAAUCGAUCUUCGACGCCAUAUAUCUUGUGAAGUUUGUGAUACCACCGUAACUGGUGGUUAUGAUCCUGUCAUGAAUCAAAUAGUUGUGUGCCAAAACAUGGCUCGCAAUGAAGGCAUGGUUCAAGGUGUACUUACACAUGAAAUGAUACAUAUGUUCGAUUAUUGCAAUAAUGAGUUGGACUUUCGAAAUAUCGACCACUUAGCAUGCACUGAAAUUAGGGCGGCUAAUUUGGCGCAUUGCUCCUUUCUCAGCGCUAUGAUGCAAGGUGAUGCUUCAAUAUUUGACAUAAAACAGGCGCACCAGAACUGCGUAAAAACAAAGGCUCUGCAAUCUGUUUUGGCGGUACGUAAUGUAACAAAACUUGAAGCUAUUGAGGCGGUUGAACGUGUAUUUCCAAAAUGCUACGCAGACCUGGAACCAAUCGGUCGGCGUAUACGACGGAAUUCACCCGAUCAACAUAGAGCCUACAUGGAAGGUCCAAUGUAUGGCUAUGAUAUUUAGCAGGCUCUGACGAUGAACCGGACUCAGAUGAAGUAGAGACGGUCGACGUAACAACGGCAGCGGAUGCUGAAAUUUUAACCUGAACUAGCCAUGUACAUACAUAUAUAUAAGUAAAUUGCAGUUUUAAUUCUUUAAAACGCAAUACAAAAGUUCUUGUUAAAUAUUAUUGUAUUAAUUUUUAAUUAUGAAUAAUUGAAUAAUACAAUGUUUUUGUUUAAAACUUUAAAAAUAAAGGGAUGUGAUUGAUAACUUCAGUACCCAAUGAAAUUA